CCUGGGUUCAGGCAAUUCUCCUGCCUCAACCUCCUGAGUAGCUGGGAUUAUAGUUGCGCGCCACCAUGCGGCUGGGAUUUUUUAAGAUACAGGCUUGGUGGUGUGACUUCACUCAAGUGCUGGAAACAUUCUGUGGUUCUCACCUGGCCAGACAGAAAGCCUACAUGUGGAAGAAGCUUCUCUGUGGUGAAUUCCUAUUGUCUGAGCUUUGUCUCAGGGGAAAGAUUUCCCUCUAGUCUCCCAAAACAAGCACUACAGAGCCCAGAUGUGUUCUGCUUUGGGUGGGUGAAUUUUCACCUUGCAUGUCUGUCCAUCCCUCACAGUGUAGAACUUGUCUCAGUGUGCUUUGAGGUUUCUAGGGUGUGGUGUUGGUUUGUGGUUUGUGGAGGGGUGUGUGUUGGGAGGGAGGGUGUUUUUGUUGGUCUCCUCUAAAAGCUCCCUUCUGAGAGGCUCCUCCAGGACCUCCCUUUCUUCCCUUCAUGAAGCAUCCACCUUGUUUUCAGACACUCAGGCUGUUUAGGAUUCAGGAAUUGACUCUGGGAUGAGACAUUUGAGAGACAAAUUAAGAACAGUUAUGUUUGCCAUGAGAUGUAUGACGGUCAGUAGGGGUCUGGCCAGGGUGUGUAAAAGCCCUGGGAGCUCUGCCCAGAGGGGUUGGAGAUGAUAAGGGGGGAAAUGCCAAGCUCAGGCACUCAGGAGAUUCCCCUCCCCCAGUUCUAUCAGCAGAGUCUGGCUACUGGCAUGGUUUCAGGCUGACCUGUUAACCUUCUGUAUGGCCAAACUACAAGUGCGGGGCACGGCUAGAAUGUGUGUGUCUCUAGUUCUGGCUUGGGCAUGUUAGCAUAUUUUGUGCCAAAAACAUUUAAAACAUUCAAAGAGGAACACAAUGAACACAACUACUUCCAGCUCGAGAAAUAAACAUAAUAGAUACAAUGGAGGCACUUGGAAUUCUCUUUCCUAUCCUUGUUUCUUCCUGCCCCCCCCCCCCCCAGGGGUCACCUCCAUUCUAACUUUGGUGUUUAUCAUUUGUUUGCAUUUUUGUGUGCUUUUUUGACAUGUAUGUGUAGGCAUAAACAAUAUAUAGCAUUGUUGAACUGGUUCUAAAAUGUUGAAUAAAUAUUAUCAGGCUGGGCAUCCACGGCAUUGCUCUUCCUGGAUUUAUCCCUGUAGAUACAUCUAGCUUUAGUUAAAUGGUACGAGGUUUAAAACAACUGAUUCCUGAUUCCAGGAGUUAAAUCAGAAUUUCUGGGGAAUGAGGCAUGAACCUCAGCACCCCUGACAGGCAUGGCCCAAGUUGAGGCCCAUGAUGCUGGUUUUUGUGGCCUCUGUACUGUUCUGGGAUCUAAGACAUCCUAUUGUGGACGUACAUUUUCCCAGAUCCCUGUGAUCAACAGUGCUGCUGUGAAUGUGCUUAUCCUUAUCUUCCUGGGCACAUAGACAAGAGUUUCUCUAGAAUGUGUUUCUAAGGAUAGAAUUGCCAGGUGUGUGCAUCUUCUUAACUGGCAAUUGUCAGAUUACCUCCAGAACUAUCACCAGCAGUGGUCACGUAUGAGUGAUCUCAUUUCUAUAGUGUCUUUAAGUUUUUUUUUUUUUUUUUUUAUUGUACCAAACUGAUGGCAAGAUGAAGACCCCAUGCAUGAGAUAAGACAUGUUGAGACUUUAAUGGACACUGUGCCCUCAGCAUGUCCACAUGGACCUACCGGCUCCCCCGCCACCCCAGCUGUAAAGCUUGCUUCUCCCACAGCAUCCCCUUCCUGGGAUGGGAGCAGCACCCUGCCAGCUGCUCGAAGGUCACUGUGGACUUCUCUCUGUCUCACCCUGUCCCGUCUGUUGUCUUCAGAGCACACCCAGAGCCCAGCCACUCUCCUCACCAUCAUCUCAUGAUGGGGUUACUGAGGAGCCUCCCAAAAGGUUUCCUGAGUUCUUUCCUGCAUCUUAUUGUCAGCUUUCGAUAAAGCAACCAGAAUGAUGCUUUCCAAACUUAAGUUUGCAUGGCUUCUUAUUUUACAUGGAGUAAAAACUAAAGUUCUUACAGAUACCUGCAUGGCCCUCUGUGGCCCUGAUGCUUCUAGGUUGGCCCCUGGCCCCCGUCCUGACACCAGCCCCAGCCACACACCACCAGCCACGCGCCAAGUGCCUGCUUCGGCUCAGCCCUUCCCUGCCUCCUUCCUUGCUUCCUCCUGGUCUCUGCCUCCUUCCUCGCCUUCCCCCUAUCUUUGCUAUGGAGUCCCCUGGCCCCCAGACCUGUCUUUUCUGGUCUCUUGUUUUUCCAUAGUGCUCGCCAUCAGCUGUUACUCUCUAUGCUAUGUAAUUCACUUCUUUAAUAAGUAUUUACUGCCUGCGUUCAAAUGUAACCUCCACAGAAGCAGGGAUCUUUUCUGUUUGCUCAAGUGAAAGACUGCCUGUAUUUAUUUCUGCGGAAGAAAGAAAGAAUUUGGAGCCCAGUGAUGAAGAUAGCACAGGAGAGGAGGUGAAGUUGAGGGAGUAGUUUCUGAGUUGGGAGGUUGGGGGAAUGGGGCAGAGUCACCGGCCUCUGGGACGCAGUGGCAGGAGGACCUCAAGGCCCCUAAGUGUGUAGUAGGACCCUGAGAGCUGUGGCCAGUGGGCUCUGGGGCUGCGGAGGCAGCUCCUUUUGGGGCCUUGCCUUGGCAGCAUCUUGGCCACUCCCAGAGCAUACACUAGUAUUGCAGCAGUGGGUGCUCGGCUGGCCCGCCCCACCCAGGAAGUGCAUUACUAUUGGAGGGCAGGAGCCUGUGAUUCUGACAUCCUCCCUUCACGGCUGAGCUCCUCAGGUUACAUAGCUCCACUGAUUCUUCAAGCACUGUUGUGUUUAGAAAUGAGCCCUGCCGUUUCUGGGGCCUUGCCUCAUGCAGGCUCAAGUACCCAGGCCAUGUGUCACAGCUGAUAGCAAAAUAAGCCCCUCAGCUGGAGGGCACGGUUUAUGACACUCCUGUGUGUGCCUAAACUCGGGUGCGGGGACAGGCAGGGAGGCUGGCGUUUCUCCCCAGCCCUUCUGACAUAGAGGACCUGGUCCUUUUGUUUGAAAAUGUGUACCAAAGGUGUGUCAGCUGUGUCCAUGUAAUAUUUUCUUGGCGUCAGAUGUUUCAUGGUUUUCACUAACUACAAAUACAGGACUUUAGAUAAGAUUACACUUUUAACUUGUGCUGCCCACGUACACCCUUGUCCUUAAGAAACAGCAUUGCUCUGGAGUUACGCCUUGGUUUUCCAAGUUAAAACUUAAAUAUUGUUCGUGGUGGUUGCUUAUUUUUAAUUAAAGCUUUUACUUUGAGAUUCUUUGUACCUUUUACCCAGUUUCCUGCAGUGUUAACCUCUUGCACAACCCCAGUACAGUGUCACACCCAGGAUACUAACCUCGUUACAGUGGAGAUCGGUAGCCUCCAUGCCAGAGGGACCCUCCUUGUGCCCUUUUAUGGCUUCCCACAUGUCCCUCUGUAACCCCUGGCCACCACUCAUCUGUUCUCCAUUUCUAUAAUUUGGUCUUUUCAAGACAUUAUAUAAACGGAAUUUUACAGUAUGUAACCUUUGGAGUUAGAGUUUUCACUCAGCAUAAUUCCCUGGAGCCUCAUUCAGGUUGAUGAGUAUAUCAGUCAUUGUUCUUUUUUAUUACUGAGUAGUAUUCCACAGGUGUGCCACAGUUUGUUACUGAGUAGCGUUCCACAGGUGCGUUACGGUUCGUUACUGAGUAGUGUUCCACGGGUGCGCCACAGUUUGUUAAUCAUUCUCCCACUGAAGGGCUUCUGAAUAGUUUCUGGCUUUUGAUGAUCAUGAAUAAAGCUACUGUAAACGCUCCUGGGUAGGUUUCUGUGCAAACAUAAAUCUUCAUUUCUCUGGGAUAGAUGCUGAAGGGUGUGAUUGCUGGGUCACAUGCUAGUCGCAUACUUGGUUUUUUAAGAAACUGUCAAACUGUUUUGCAGAGUGGCCGUAACAUUUUAUAUCCCACCCAAUAUAAGAUCCUCUUUCUCCAUAUUCUCUCCAGCAGGUGGUGUUGGCACUCGUUUCUGUUGUAGCUAUCGUGAUAGUUGUGUGGGGUUCUCUCGUGCGUUCAGUGUGUUUCCCUGAUGGCUGAGGAUUUUGAGUAUUUUCCGUGUGCUUAAUUGCCACUUGCAUAUCUCCUCUUGCACUGUGAGGGAUGAGGCACUGUGAGGGGUGAGAACUCAUUUCCAGGUGGCGGGAGAAAUAUCCUGGCUCUCUGCUUGGCCUUCUCUGGAUACUCUGAGUGCUGCAGCGCCUGGCUGCAGCCUGGGAGUCGGGUGGGCAUGGUUUCUUCUUGCAGCGCUGGCUAGAGUAAGGUGGGUGUUAUUGCCAUUGUCAAUUUCUGUCUUGUCUGACUGCCCACUUCUUGGCUCCUUGGCCUGGAGGGGCAGGCUUUUGUUGGGGCUUUUCACCUACCCCCCCAGUAUCCAUCACUGUUUUUGGCUUCUGCUUCUUUAGCUCCAAGUCUAGGGUAUACCAGGUUAAAAAAAAACUCAGAGGGCCACCACUGUGUCGUCCCUUGGGCCAAGACCCUCGUCAGACUGCCACCUUCUCUCUACCUUUCAGGUUCUUCUUGUGUUGAUUUUCUAAUGCUCACAGUUUUCAGUUCUCAGCGAGAGGAGUGGGGAAAGGACCUCCGUGUCAUCUGAACUUGGAUCUGUGAAGAGGGAGUCCAUGCGAAAUGUUGUGCUCCACCCAUCCCUGCUCGCUCAUCGUGACCAUUGGACCAUUGUGGGCUCCAGGCCUCACAUUAAUUACUUGUAGGUCUUUUGGGUUGGCCUGUGGUUCCAACAUGACACAGUUUGUAGGACCUUGAUCUUUUUGUCAUUUUACGUGUCAUUUAUGAAUGAGAUCCACGUCCAGGUCCCUGCAUGUCCAAAUUCGUGGUUAUAAAUGGUUGGACAGGAUGUGGCCAUUUGGGUGCUGUGAUUCAGCCUGAUGUGACUCAGUCAACUGCCCUUGUCAUUAUCCUCCAGAUCUUAUUUCUCCACCUUCUAUUUUGAACUCUUGGGAAACCUGGUCAGAGUGGGAGGGGCAGCUAGUCAGAUGACUUAAUGAGAUGUUAAUAUCAUCCUUGUGCUGAUCCUCCAAGCCAGUCACCCUGCCAAAAAGGAAAUGCAAUGUGCCAGACACCGCUAGUACUGAGUGAACUUGGGAGAGCUUGUGGUCAUAACUCCAUGUAGGAAGCUCAUCCUGUGCGCCGAUAACAGAAAAGAAAUGGAAGAUUGGAUCGCAGCAUUAAAGACUGUGCAGAACAGGGAGCACUUUGAGCCCACCCAGUACAGCAUGGACCAUUUCUCAGGGAUGCACAAUUGGUACGCCUGUUCCCACGCGAGGCCGACCUACUGCAACGUGUGCCGUGAGGCUCUGUCUGGGGUCACGUCGCAUGGGCUGUCCUGUGAGGUGUGCAAAUUUAAGGCCCACAAGCGCUGUGCUGUACGUGCAACCAAUAACUGCAAGUGGACCACGCUCGCCUCGAUCGGGAAGGACAUCAUUGAGGAUGCAGAUGGGAUCUCGAUGCCUCACCAGUGGUUGGAAGGAAACCUGCCUGUGAGUGCCAAGUGCACCGUGUGCGACAAGACGUGUGGCAGUGUGCUGCGCCUGCAGGACUGGCGCUGCCUCUGGUGCAAGGCCAUGGUUCACACAUCGUGUAAAGAAUCCUUGCUGACCAAGUGCCCACUUGGCCUGUGCAAAGUGUCAGUUAUCCCACCCACGGCUCUCAACAGCAUCGACUCCGACGGGUUCUGGAAGGCCAGCUGUCCUCCGUCUUGCACAAGCCCACUACUGGUCUUCGUCAAUUCAAAAAGUGGGGACAACCAAGGUGUGAAGUUCCUCAGAAGAUUCAAACAGCUGCUGAACCCUGCCCAGGUCUUUGACCUCAUGAACGGAGGCCCACACCUCGGCUUACGGUUGUUCCAGAAGUUUGACACAUUCCGGAUUCUGGUUUGUGGCGGGGACGGAAGUGUUGGCUGGGUCCUUUCCGAAAUCGACAGCCUCAACCUUCAUAAACAGUGUCAGCUGGGAGUGCUGCCGCUCGGCACCGGGAACGACCUGGCCCGAGUGCUGGGCUGGGGCUCGGCCUGCGAUGAUGACACCCAGCUCCCCCAGAUCUUGGAGAAGUUGGAGAGAGCCAGCACCAAGAUGCUGGACAGGUGGAGCGUCAUGGCGUAUGAGGCCAAGCUCCCCCGGCAGGCCUCCUCCUCCACCGUCACCGAAGACUUCAGCGAGGAUUCCGAGGUGCAGCAGAUUCUCUUCUAUGAAGACUCCGUUGCAGCCCACCUUUCUAAAAUCCUCACCUCGGACCAGCACUCAGUGGUCAUCUCCUCGGCUAAAGUGCUCUGUGAGACAGUGAAGGACUUUGUGGCCCGAGUGGGGAAGGCCUAUGAGAAGACGACCGAGAGCUCAGAGGAGUCAGAGGUCAUGGCCAAGAAGUGCUCUGUCCUGAAAGAGAAGCUGGAUUCCCUUCUCAAGACCUUGGAUGAUGAGUCCCAGGCCUCGUCCUCUCUGCCCAAUCCACCCCCAACCAUUGCUGAGGAGGCUGAAGAUGGAGAUGGGUCAGGCAGCAUCUGUGGCUCCACUGGGGACCGCCUGGUGGCAUCGGCCUGCCCAGCCCGGCCACAGAUAUUCCGGCCUCGAGAACAGCUCAUGCUGAGAGCAAACAGCCUGAAGAAAGCGAUUCGUCAGAUCAUAGAACACACAGAAAAAGCUGUUGAUGAGCAGAAUGCCCAGACCCAGGAGCAGGAGGGCUUCGUCCUGGGCCUCUCUGAGUCAGAAGAGAAGAUGGACCACCGAGUGUGCCCACCACUGUCCCACAGCGAGAGCUUUGGGGUCCCCAGGGGGAGGAGCCAGCGCAAAGUGUUGAAAUCCCCGUGUGAGAAGUUGAUCAGCAAAGGAAGUCUGCCCCUGGGCAGUUCAGCUUCCCUUCCACCCCAGCCGGGAAGCCGGGACAGCCUGCCUGCACUCAACACCAAGAUCCUGUACCCAAAUGUCAGGGCUGGAAUGUCUGGUUCCUUACCUGGUGGCUCAGUCAUCAGUCGCCUGUUAAUUAACGCUGAUCCCUUUAACUCCGAACCAGAAACCCUAGAGUACUAUACAGAGAAGUGUGUCAUGAACAACUAUUUUGGCAUUGGCCUGGAUGCGAAGAUAUCCCUGGACUUCAACAACAAACGCGACGAGCACCCGGAGAAGUGCAGGAGCCGAACCAAGAACAUGAUGUGGUAUGGAGUUCUUGGAACCAAAGAGCUGCUGCACAGAACCUACAAGAACUUGGAGCAAAAGGUCCUGCUGGAGUGUGACGGGCGACCCAUCCCCCUCCCCAGUCUUCAGGGAAUUGCUGUCCUUAACAUCCCCAGCUAUGCCGGAGGAACCAACUUCUGGGGUGGCACCAAGGAGGAUGAUACUUUCGCAGCUCCGUCAUUCGAUGACAAGAUUCUGGAGGUGGUUGCCGUUUUUGGCAGCAUGCAGAUGGCAGUCUCUCGAGUCAUCAGGCUGCAGCAUCACCGGAUCGCCCAGUGUCGCACGGUGAAGAUCUCCAUCCUUGGGGAUGAGGGCGUGCCUGUGCAGGUGGACGGAGAGGCCUGGGUCCAGCCGCCAGGGUACAUUCGGAUUGUUCACAAGAACCGGGCACAGACGCUGACCAGAGACAGGGCAUUUGAGAACACCCUGAAGUCCUGGGAAGACAAGCAGAAGUGUGAGCUGCCCCGCCCUCCAUCCUGUUCCCUGCACCCGGAGAUGCUGUCCGAGGAGGAGGCCACCCAGAUGGACCAGUUUGGGCAGGCAGCGGGGGUCCUCAUUCACAGCAUCCGAGAAAUAGCUCAGUCUCACCGAGACAUGGAGCAGGAACUUGCCCACGCCGUCAAUGCCAGCUCCAAGUCCAUGGACCGUGUGUAUGGCAAGCCCAGAACCACAGAGGGGCUGAAUUGCAGCUUUGUCUUGGAAAUGGUGAAUAACUUCAGAGCUCUACGCAGUGAGACGGAGCUGCUGCUGGCUGGGAAGAUGGCCCUGCAGCUGGAUCCGCCUCAGAAGGAGCAGCUGGGGAGUGCUCUUGCCGAGAUGGACCGGCAGCUCAGGAGGCUGGCGGACACCCCCUGGCUCUGCCAGCCCGCAGAGCCUGGUGACGAAGAGAGUGUGAUGAUGGAUCUUGCCAAGCGCAGUCGCAGUGGUAAAUUCCGCCUCGUGACCAAGUUUAAAAAGGAGAAAAACAACAAGAACAAAGAAGCUCACAGUAGCCUGGGAGCCCCGGUUCAUCUCUGGGGGACAGAGGAGGUUGCUGCCUGGCUGGAGCACCUCAGUCUCUGUGAGUAUAAGGACAUCUUCAUGCGGCACGACAUCCGGGGCUCUGAGCUCCUGCACCUGGAGCGGAGGGACCUCAAGGACCUGGGCGUGACCAAGGUGGGCCACAUGAAGAGGAUCCUGUGUGGCAUCAAGGAGUUGAGCCGCAGCGCCCCCGCCGCCGAGGCCUAGCCUCCACCCUCUCAGCCUGCGGCCUCCACAUUCCCGCCGCCGAGGCCUAGCCUCCACCCUCUCAGCCUGCGGCCUCCGCGCCUCCUACCACUGAGGCCCUGGGCGGACGCUGCAGCCCGCCCCCUUCUCAUGGUGCUACUUCACUCUGUCAGCUACAGAAAGCCUCCAUGACACCGUCCACCAGAGCUCUGGGGUCUCGAACAUAACAACACAGCUACCUUUGAAAUAACACCUUCUCCAGCUCAGAGUCACCUGGGGGACAUGUGUCACGGCCACUCAGCCCUCGCUCACCUGUGUUGCGGACCAGGGAAUCCGGCAGCGUCUGUCCUCUUGGGCACCGCUUGCCUGGCCUCAUGCUCAGGUUGUCCCGGGGGCUCCCCUCCGUGUGUCCUUCCUGGCCACACUGUGUGGCUCCGCCUCCUGGCCCCGGGGCUCUCAGAAACGUGGCUGGGGUCCAGCCGCCCUGUGGCUUCACAGCAGCCUGCAUGGCCCCGUUUGUUGAUGCAGCUUUUGUUGUUGAACAAAAGUCGUGCUCUCUCCUGGUUUGAAAGUAGCCUGGAUGUUUCCAGGCCUGUUGAUGUAAUUUGACAUGAUGGGAAAAGAAACCCCUCCUGCUUGAGCCAAGGCAGUGGGUGCAGUUUCUCAGGCCGGGAGUCCCUCCCUGGGUCCACAGAGCCUGCGCGCCUCCCUCCGCCCCUCCCCCACUGCCUCUGAGCUGUGGGCUGGGGACGCCUCCCCUUCUGUCUCUGGACAUUGUAGGCCUCGAGUCCAGCUUGGGGCCAUGAGUGAGACCGAUCGCCAGCUGCGUCCCCGCAGAGGAUGUGUGUCCACAUGAGUUCAGUGUUUUUGUGUGGAAAACGCUUCCUGGCUCUGGGAAACUCUUUCUGCCCGUUCUGUGGUUCCCAGGGAGUGUGGCCCUGGUGGGCAGGGGUGGUUUGAGCUCUUCACCCUGUCCUGAGUGUCUCUGCCCCUGCAGUGGCUUCUUGUCUUCUGCUGCUGGGCCUGGUGUCGCUGGAAGUGCUGGCCGGGACUUUUGACUUGAUGGUCCACACUGCUCCUGCCCUGCCUCUGUCCUGCCUCUGAACCAGCAGAUGACGGUGCCAGAGGGCAGGGAGCUCCCCUGGGGAGACUGCAGGGACAGUCCCCAGGCGGAGGACGCACCUGGUCCUCCUGCACAUGACUCUGUCCCUUUCCCCCUUGAUAGUCAUCAUUCACAGGGGCUCGUAGAUGUCUGGAAAGAGGUUUCUGGAACCCCAACCCUGGUGUGAGGAGGAAAUAGCUCUGGCCUGGCUGCCUGGCAGUGGCUCCAUGCCCCAAAGAGAAGGGCAGUGUUGGAGUGUCUGCCGGCGCCAUCCCAGCCCUUUAGUCAGCGUGGCUCCGUCUGCUGUGCGGAAGCAGGGCUGCACCUGCAGGGGCGGCUUGGAUGGGGCUGGUUUGCGGCAGCCCCGGCCCUGAACAGGUGGCAGUGACCAGCGCCUGGCCCACCUCUCACAGUCCUCUGUCCCCUCUGCAGUGCCCCCGGGUGGGCCCCUCCGCGUGCCUUGGGGUGCUCCCCUCUGUGGUCCUUCUGGGCUGAGGCCUCUGGAGCGUGCAGGCUGAGCCGGGCCUUGGGUUCCCCCAGCGCAGCGUCCUGUCGCUGCAUGCGUAGUGUUGGGAUUUUGGUGGACUUAGCUGCUCAUGUGGGUGGAAGGUGGUUGUGUGUCACCUUUUGCACCUGUGAUUGUUUCUGCACAGGACGUUGUGGAUGGAGGUAAAGCUGGCCAUGGCAGUUGCUUGGUUUCCCAGGUGGAACGGGUUGGCCCAGGGGAUGAUGGCAACCUGGCCCGCAGUCCCUGUGUGACCAUUGGCCCUGCUGGCCUGGUGGUGUCGGCACCCUGGGGCUCUUGGGGUCCCAGAACAAGCCGGAACUCGGGUGAGGAGGGGACAUGAGGAGAAGCAGCCGACUGUGGCUUCAGGGACAUCAGGGUCACCCCACGUCCUCAGUGUCCUACUCCUGGCAAGGAGUUGGGUUUGGGUUAAAAGUGUUUAAUAUGUUGUCAGUGAUUAAAACAACACUGUUUACAUAAAAACCAUUUUUCUAAUUCUAACAAGUUAGAAGUGAGAAAGGAAUGAACGGGAAUGUUCAGGGAACGGCCCUUUGCUGCUGGGCUGGUGUCCCGCACUGGGGUGUCCUUGCUGUCCGGGAGGCUGCUCCGCUGCCCCGGCCCAGGUCCCCUUUUGCCGUUGCCAGACAGGCCUCACGGUCUGCUGUGCAGAGGAAGGCAGGAAGCAUCCCUGAAGCGUCUUGGAGCAAAGGUUCUGUGCCCUCAGGUGGGGCUUACCCCCCCUCGUAUUUAUAAUCUUAAUUUAUAUAGUGACCACCGUGGAAACAAAUGCCUCUUGUAUUGUUAUGUACAUAGUCCAUGCCUGAGUGCUGUACAUAAGUUGUUCUGUGUAUAAAUAAAACGAGCCUGUUUUUGAUCUUCCAU